AUGCUGCUACGUUUUCGAAUGUUACCUUAUGUAGCAAUAUCGGACGUGGAGAAAGCCUUCUUACAGGUACACCUCAAUGAAAUGGAUAGGGACGCCACGAGAUUUAUCUGGGUACGCGACGUGGACCUACCAGUCACUGAAGACAACAUCGUCACAUACCGUUUCACCCGGGUCACAUUUGGCCUGAACGUAUCGCCAUUCCUCUUGGCUGGUACAGUAACCUACCACUUACAUCAUGUCGUUGAAAACAAAGAAUUGGCGAAGGAAAUCAAGGACAACUUAUACGUGGAUAACCUGAUCCUAGCCGCACGUACCCCUGAAGAUCUGGCCAAAAAAGUCGUAGAUUCACGCGAGAUUUUCCAGGAUAUGGGGAUGAACCUGAGAGAGUUUUUGGCCAAUGACGUUAAUCUCAAGGACUUCAUCUCUCAAGAGGCUUGCGCGAAAGCAGCGGUGCAGAAAGUGCUAGGGAUAGAAUGGAAUGCAACAGGAGACUACCUCUCCAUGUGCUGUACUUUACCAUUCAUAGGCCAAGUCACAAAAAGGAUUGUAGCGCGACAAAUAGCGGCCGUAUACGACCCAUUGGGGUGGAUGGUCCCACUGCUGACGCAGGCAAAGCAUUUCCAACAAACCUUGUGGAAACACAAGUUCGAAUGGGACAAUAUUCUUCCAGCAUCCCUCCAGGAGCAGUGGCAAAAAAUCACACAAAACAUCAACGGGUUUGCCCGUACCUUUCCACGACGAUUUUUCACACAACCUCAAGACAAGGACACUUGCAUCGCAGUGUUCGCUGACGCCAGUGACAUCGCCAUGUCCACAUGUGCGUACCUAUUCGAUGGAAAGCACUCCGCGCUGGUAAUGGCUAAAUGCAAAUUGCCAUCGAUAAAAACGACCACUACAAUGCCAAAGAUGGAGAUGAACGCAUUAACAAUGGCAGCUCGAUUGACAUGGUCAGUAUACCAAGCCAUGAAGGAGCCCUGGCCAAAUAUGUCCGCUUCUCCACCACAAAUUGUCAUCCUUUCGGAUUCCCAAAUUGCAUUGAGCUGGCUAACAACGUCAGAGGAAAAGGCCAGUCCAGGUGUCCUUAUUUCCAACCGAAUAAAGGAAAUACGCAAGAUCACCGCGGCCCUAAACGACGAAGGUCUUACAGUACGUUUCGCAUAUGUAAACACAAAAGACAAUCCUGCUGAUGCGGGAACACGGGGGCUGAACCAGGAACAGUUACAGGACCAUCCCUGGUGGACGGGGCCAGAUUUUUUACGGACACCUAUCAACCACUGGCCCACGAUUUUUUAUCCAUAUGACUGGCAGGGUACUCACGAAACGGAAGAAUUGCAGCCUCCCACUGAAGCAGGUACAGUCUCGAUCACAAUGAACUCAGCAUCAACGAGACUUCUGCAAGAAUCCUGCAAUGACCUGAUCGACGCCAAACGCUUCAGCUCCUUCAAGAAAGCAAAGAGAGUGACAGCAUGGGCGCUGUUGUUUAUUAAAAAACUGAUGCGCUCACUACCACAACAGUCAGUGGACAGGAUAUUCCAGAAAAUACCAGAGCUACGGACCAUACAGGACACAACAAUACUUUUGGGGCAGCACAUCAAAGCGGCACGGAUUGCGCUACUCCGAAACCAUCAAUCUUCAUUUCUAUCACAUUACCAUAAAAAACUGCGGAAUGACACUUUGCGUCUAUAUCAAGACAAGGACCUUCUAUGGCGAUCACAAGGACGCCUCCAGAACUCGACAUUAGGAGCAGAUGCGAAAUCACCCAUUUUCGUGGCUCCGAAUACACCUCUGUCACAACUCCUCAUCAAGGACGCUCAUGGCGAUUACCAUCAAGGUGUGGAACAUACAAUCGCCACAAUUAGACAAACGUACUGGAUACCAAAAAUACGGCAACAAGUACGAAAACUAGUGAGCAAAUGCGUACAAUGCAGACGACUAAAUGCCCUUCCUUACCCAUAUCCAGACAUGACUGAUUUACCACAACAAAGGGUUAUGCGCAGCCGUCCGUUCCAGCAUAUCGGGCUCGAUUUCUUCGACUUACCCUCCACACACCUGGAAGCCGGUAAAACUCACGGCUAUGGUUGCAUUUUCACCUGCAUGGUUACCCGUUUGAUUCAUCUGGAAAUGGUAGACAGCAUGAGCACGGAAGAUUUCAUCAACGCCUUACGAAGAUUUGUGGCUAGAAGAGGUGUUCCUGACUCUAUCACAUGUGAUAAUGCCCCGUCUUUUCUGCUCGGAGCCAGCAUUUUAGCAGGUUCACCUCAAGGGGAAACCCUCAGCUCAAGUAUACAUAACGCCACAUCAAAUCAAGAGAUUCAGUGGAACCACAUCACUCCCUACGCACCAUGGCAGGGCGGUUUUUAUGAGCGCCUCAUCAAAUCCGUCAAACACGCUUUAUAUAAGUCACUACGAGGCACAAAUCACCGUUCCGGAGACCAUUUACGAACGAUCUUGACGGAAAUUGAAGCUUGUCUCAACUCAAGGCCGCUCACUUACCAAGGUGAUGGACAGGAAGACUUUUCUUCCAUUCGACCAAUCGACUUCCUCCAAAAGGAUUUGACACUAACCCUACCAACCACACACCUCACAGAUCCCAUGACAAACGAUCCCGACUACCAUACCCCAGACGAGAUUCGAGCCCUCCAAACUCGUCAAGAGGUCAUUGCUUCCUUACAAUCAUCAUGCGGUGCCACGGAACGAUUUUGGACUAUUUGGCAAAAACAUUACCUGACCUGCCUACGGGAAACGCACAGAAGGACAAUCUCAAGUAAACGACAGGGACGAGAGACUCCUACCAUAGGGGACGUGGUUUUAGUAAGCGAUCCAGUAAUUCCACGUAAUGAGUGGAAGCUAGCACGAAUUACCGAUACUCGAGCAGGACGGGAUGGGGAAAUUAGAGAAGUCGAGCUUCUCACGCCAGCGCGCAGAAAAAUACGACGACCUCCAAACCUUCUCAUCCCUCUGGAAAUACAGCCUGCUACAACUCCGUCCCACACCACACCAGGAGAUCACGCAGUAUCAGACGGGACAGACGAACAAAUACCCACUUCUCAUCCUUACAACCUGCGUCCGCGACGCGCAGUACAUUACGCUGAUGAGCAAGUGGUUACGACAACUCAAACUGCAACAGUCAGACGUUUCCCACCAAAAUGGUUCCUAUUCUACAUCAUGAUCAUCACAUUGUUCACAACUUCGUCUACUUUUGCCAACAGGGAUAUAAGCAUGACGUGUAGCAACGAAGGUGUGCUCGUUCAUACAUCUCGGAACGAUCCGUUUGAAAUCUGCGCGGACCACCAUUGUCAAAUGAUCACCCCAGUGACAAACCCCUUCCUUGUCAAAUUUCCACCAGAGGUAACACUUCAUGACUACCUAGUGUCACUUAAAUGGAAUACCGGAGAUCAACUGGCAACCAUGGAGACAAUGUGCCAUCGCCUCAAUUUCUGUCAACAACUCGAUUGUUGGAUAUGCUCAACGGUCGUCUUCAACCCCGAGUGUUGGCCAAUGGGUGCAAUAGUCAUCACAGCACUCCUCUUAUACGUUAUAGUAGCCAUACUAUAUGUACUCCUGUAUGUUCCCAUGACUAUGGGAAAACCGAUCCGUAUCAUUCUCAUCGUGCUGAGAAGGAUCCUCCUAAUUUUGGCAUCUGCACUCAUAAAGCUCUGCAUGACACUAUGCCGCAGGAUGAGACGACGACGGCCACAAUCGCACAGAGACCGUUUGCUAGCAGUUUUGGCAAUAACUCUUGCCGUAUCCACAUAUGCGAUCCAUGCGUGCCAACAAGUAAAUGUACUUGAACAUCGCUCCACUGUAUGUAACAACUACGACGGACACGAAAGUUGCUCGAUUUACCUGAACGAGCUUCUCAAAAUCAACACUUUCCAUCGUGAAGCCUGUCUACGACUCACUCGAAACGCAACCUUGAUCGCAAACGUCAAACUUCGUUGGAAAGGCCUCUACCUACACUGUGAACAGGAGUCGAGGAUCUUCACACGAGCAGUGGAGCUGCAAAGGAUUGACAGCAAACGCUGCCCGCACAUGGGCUCGUGUCAAGGUCAAAAAUGCGCCGCGAUCCACCAUUCAAGUCUGAUACCGGAACUUGAGGAAGGAAAUAAAUAUCCAGGUCGCACAGGCUGCAUGGAAUCGUGCGGCGGCCCAGGAUGCGACUGUUUCUUCUUAAGUUCCGGUUGUCUGUUCUACCGCGUAUACGCGGUGCCGAAGAACAGCAAAGUCUACGAAAUAUUCCGCUGUACCCGAUGGACUGAACAAGUAAAAUUGGAGGUGACAAUUGAGGACCUCAGCUCCUCUGAAGGAAAAAGGCGAUAUGUCCUCGCUAUAACUCCGAACGUGCCCACGGAAGUACCGUCAAUGACAGUUACGAUGACGGCGGUAACUCUACCUCCUCUACCCAAUCUCUCCAAAGAGUUUGUCACAGAUGGACGAGAUGUCGCGAUCUGGAAUAAUCCUUUUACACCGGACCUUCUCUGUGCUUCUUGGCGCCACGCUAGAGACAUGAACUGCACCCUCAAAGAUGAUUGCAGAUGUCACGCCGCGGAAAACAGUGUCAGCUGUGCAUGCCCUACAAAAGAUAUCCUGGCAUAUUUCAAGCAGCUCAACUUAGUUCUCCCAGUGAAAACAGCUUCCUGGGAGCUAUCGCGACGACUCAAUGAGACAGUCACAGCAAAAAUUUCACAAAUGGUAUCAGCGGACUUUGUUGUUCAGUUCAAGACGGUCAUCGAGACUGCGAAUCUCCUUGUCACCAACAAUGUGUGUAACAUCGCCAACAGCGAACUGGAGGGAUGCUACUACUGUGCGAAGGGAGCUACAGCCAAGGUCACCUGUAGAUCAUCAACUAACACGCUCGGAGAAGUCCUGUGUGGUCGCCAUGCCUUUGUGGUACCAUGCGCUCCCACUUCACCUGAGUCAAAUCUCUAUUUCCACUUGGAUUCCGCACGCCAACUUCUCAAUUGCUCGAUCAGAUGUGGAGAAACCGUGCAUUACUUCGUUCUAUCGGGUAUUCUACGGUACACGAGCAAUUUUCAUGCUGCAAUGACUGACUUUAUUCAAGGGAACACUACCGCUUACCAUGGUUUCCAGCUCCCAGACUUUCACCACAUACUGAACGUCUUCAUGGACUGGUACAAAGUACUGUUUGUCAGCAUUCUGGCAGUGAUUUUUGCCUUAUUGGUGUCCUACUUGUGCCUACAAUCUCUGGGAAUACGCCUCAUGACGCUCCUUUUGCGCGGCGCACUUACCCUGGUAUGCUACCCGGUACGACUGCUGGCAACCACGCUAGAGAGAUUUCGCACACCACGACCAAAUCGGGACGCGCAUGAAAAAUGGCUCUGA